CUUGAGUAAGCCAACAUCAGCAGAAAAGAAGUUAAGAGGAGAAAAAAAGAGAAGCGUUCGGGGCCGCGGCCAAAAGUUCAAUAAGAAAACCGAUCGGACUUUUUUUCUUUUCCGUAGGGGUCCCUCGCCAGCCUUCAAAAUUUCGCCCAAAAGCAGACAGGAGGAUCGGCCGGUCCUGACGCGACUCGUCGGCAGGAAGCGGCUGAUCACGGCUGGGGUACUCGGUGUGGUCAUGGUUUUGGUCCUGGUGAUACUCAUCCCGGUUUUGGUGAGCACUGCCGGGACCUCCGCCGCGCAUUACGAGAUGCUCGGCACCUGCAGGAUGGUUUGCGAUCCUUACGGUACGAAAUCUCCGACCAGCACCGUAUCGGCAGACACGGCUCGGGACAGCAAUCUCAUGCAGUCGUUACCAACUUUUAUACAAGGUCCGAAAGGUGAACCGGGGCGCCCGGGGAAAGUGGGACCGAGGGGCCCACCUGGGGAACCUGGACCGCCCGGACCCCCUGGAGAGAGAGGAGACCCGGGACGACCUGGAUUACCGGGGCAACCGGGACCGAACGUGGCCACCGGUGCCAUUAGCGCGGCAACCUACAGCACCGUACCCAAAAUCGCCUUUUACGCAGGGCUCAAAAAGCAACACGAGGGCUACGAGCUGCUGAAGUUUGACGAUGUGGUCACAAACCUUGGGAAUCAUUACGACCCCACCACGGGGAAAUUCACCUGCUCCAUUCCGGGAAUAUAUUUCUUUACUUACCAUGUGCUCAUGCGAGGAGGAGACGGAACCAGCAUGUGGGCUGACCUGUGUAAGAACAACCAGGUCCGUGCCAGCGCCAUUGCCCAGGACGCAGAUCAGAACUACGACUAUGCCAGCAACAGUGCCGUUCUUCAUCUGGAACCCGGCGAUGAGAUCUACAUCAAACUAGACGGAGGCAAAGCCCACGGGGGGAACAACAACAAGUACAGCACCUUCUCUGGCUUUAUCAUUUAUGCCGAUUAGGACGCACGCACUGGCUCUUCCUUCUCGAGAUGGUCUCUAUUCCCCCUUCGCUUUUUCCUUUUGCACCAUUUUCUUUGGGCCCCAGCGCGAGCAGCCCGACCUGCUGAAACACUCCCAUCAUUAGCGUGUAGAUGUGGGUGUGGAAGCAGAACUUGUUGCCCGAUGAUCCAGAGAUCAAGAACGAACCAAAAACGGUCAAGCACUGGAAAGAUUUAAACCUGAAAAUAUAUCAAGAAUCUGCAAAGAAGCAUCUAAAGGAGUUACUGGAGUGUCCGUCGUUCUGUGUCUGUCAAAGAAGCCUGUGAGAUAUUUUAUAUGUAACCUGACAUAAUCAAAUAUAUGUGCAAUAAAGUAAACUACGAUACGCGUUAUUCAGAUACCGUCACCGUUUGUCAUUACCAGACCAUCUCAGAAAUAGCCAACAAUAGCUGUCAGAUGCUUCAAAGAGUUUCAUGAUUCUUAAAUAUCUUCAUUUGCAUAAUUAUCAGCCCACCAUCAGUCAGAAAAUGUAACCAAAAUGAUCCUCUUGUGUUCCAUGAUAUAUAUAUACAGUAUAUAGAUCUGCAAAAUGUCUGCAGACGCUUGUCCCUGACUAUUGUGAGCGAAGGAACUAUUUGUGAAAUAGGAACGUAAAACAAAACAAUAUACCUCAGUACCAAUGGCUUGCAGUGAAAUAUUCCCGAAUUGUCAAUGCUUUCUGCGUUUCACUUUAGUCUACAGUAUUACGGUGUCAAAAACAUGCAGUUCUGUUUUUGUGUAACGUUAGUCGACAUCUUUGAAUUGCACACAGACGGUCUAGACCGAAGAGGAAUAUGUUUCGUGUGAUAUUUAGAGCACUAUGCAGAGUAUGGGUGUUAAUAUGUAAACAUGUAUAUCUGUAUUCAGAAAUUUCCAGAAUGUGACUAUUGCAUCUUAUUUUCUGUGUAAAUAUGGUAAUGGGUAGUUGAACUUUUUUCGUUUUUAAAGUGAAACUGUUGGGAGAGCAUGAGGUGUUCGCGAUGUAGCGACGUGUCACUCUCCAGGUUGGGGUGUCGAGGAAUGUGUGUGAUGAAUUCAUAUUUGAGGAUUAUUUUUCCUGUGUUGCUGCUGUAAUUCUCAUUCACAUCUCCAAUCCUUCAAACACGUUUUCCAUUAAAUGGAAAUUUGAUCGGA